AUGUAAUUAUCUACCUCCCUUUCUAAAAUUGGCAAUAUUAGUGUUAAUAUUCAACAAGGGAAUAUUACUGAGUAUGAAAAUCUUGAUGCAAUAAUACUUCCAACAAACCCAUUAUUAUUAAGAGAGCCUGGAGUUUCUGGAGAAAUAUUUAAGAAAUGUGGAUAGGAAAAGCUUGAAAAAGCACUUAAGAAGCUUAAGGAAAAGGAAAAAGCGAAAAGAAGGUAGGCGAGUGGAUUAGAUGAAUAGCCAGUGUUAUUUAAUAAGGUGAAGGAGAAAUAAUUGAUUUUGGACUUUAGUCAAUUCUUAGUGAUGAAAUAAUAGGAAGAGAAGGAGGAAGAAAUGACAGAUAUCAGAUUUGAUGUUAGUUAUGUGGAUCACAUUAAGAGUUAUAACUUAUAAAAUGAACAAUAAGUAAAAAAUUUACUAUUUGUAAUUGAGCCAGAAAAAUUCAAUGAAUAUUUAAUGAUAUAGUCUAUAAAAAAUAUGUAUUUUUACAAAUUACAUUUUAGAGUUAUUAAGUCAUACCAAUUGAAUUACAAGAAAGUGGCUAUUCCUAUUUUGUGUUAAUUCUUUGAUAAUUUUGAACCCAAGGUUUGGGCUUUUUAAUAUAAAAAAGCAUUUAUUGAUGUUUAAGAAUAAUUAAAACUGGACUAUUAAUUGGAAAUUAUAGUAGUUUGUCAUAAUGAAGAUAUACUCUAUGGGUUUUAAAAAACAUUCUAAUCUUCAGAAUAUGUCAAGGCUACAAAUAUAUACAUUACGGAUGUGCAGGAUGUAGAGGUACUUGUAAAUCCAGUGAAUUAAAAUAACCCAUAUUUUGGAGCUAGUGGGAAAAUAAUAGAAAAGGCAGGACAUGCUCUCGAAUAGGAUAUCAGAGAAUAGAUCACUAAAGGGAAUAGGUGGGUUCUAUCAAAGAGUUUUAAACUAUAAGAACAAAAGAUCAAAUAUAUUUUAACAUUCAUUGGUCCUGUGUAAUAGAGGAAAACAAGAGCUGAGAAAUUGCAAUACUUUUUUUAAAAGAUUUUAUAAAUAUGCAAUGAACAAUUGAAAGUCGAGUCUAUUUGUAUUCCAUUAUUAGCGAUACCACAAGCAAUAUUUGAGUAGAAGGAAAAUCAAAACUUUUUACUGAAUAGAAUUGCAUUGUCUUUGAAGGAUGCUAUUUUGGAAUUUGAAAAAGAGAAAAAAAAACAUAAAUAUAUAUGGAUAUCUAUUUAGGAUGAUUAAUUGAGGGAAUUCUGUGUUUAAUUGUUUUAAUGA